AUGAGUGUGCUGCUGCUGCUCGGCCUCGUCGUGCUCUGCGGAGCCUCGGACCCGGGGGUCCCGCUCCAGCUGGGCCCGCCGUCCCUCGGCUUCAGCUCGUCGGUGCGCUCGGUGUGCAAGCCCAUCCCCAGCACCCUGUCCCUGUGCACCGGGAUCGGCUACCGGCACAUGCGGGUCCCCAACCUGCUGGGCCACGACUCUCUGCGGGAGGCCCAGCAGCAGUCGGCCGCCUGGCUGCCCCUCGUCUCCAAGCUGUGCCACCGGGACACCAAGAAGUUCCUGUGCUCGCUGUUCGCCCCGGUGUGCCUGCCGGAGUUGGCCGGGCCCGUGAGCCCCUGCAGGCGGCUGUGCGAGGCCGUGCGCGACGGCUGCGUGCCCGUGAUGAGCGCGUUCGGGUUCCCGUGGCCCCAGAUGUUCAACUGCAGCCGGUUCCCGCGCGCCCCCGAGCUGUGUAUCCCGGCAACCGGGGAGCGGGGGGGGCGGACCGAGGAGGAGGUGCAGCACGAGGAGGCGCUGAAAGGGAGUGUUAUCUGUGAGGCCUGUAGUCUGGCUGCUGAAGGAGAGACAGACAUCCAGGAAAACUUCUGCCAAAGUCCAUAUGCAUUUAAAAUGCGUCUGGGCAGUGUGUCGACGGUGGGGGGGGACCGUCAGCUGGUGCCGACGGCCCGCAGCCGCAUCCUGAGGUGGGCAGGGGGAGGAGCGGAGAGGGCAGAAGGGAUCGGAGGCGCCAUGGCACACAAUGCUUUGUGGUUGCAAGAAGGAGGCACCUGUACGUGUCCUGGCUUAGAUUCUGCAGGCACCAACCAAGACCAGCAGGUGGAAGAGGAACAGAUGGAUAAAGGACAAGCUAAAGGAGGGAAGGAGGGGAAUGGGCCCCCGAAUGGAUUGUUCCUGGCCCUGUCUCAGGCUGAGGAGGGAAGGCUGGUGCUGACUCGGCUGGUGAGGUGGACCAGAGGGGACAAGGAGUUGAAGAAGUUCAUCAGAGCUCUCCUCAAACAUCCCUGUCCUGAGCUGUAGGGUCAACGACUGCCGUCCCGCCAGUACAUAUGAUCUGUGGCUUACCAGACUGAAUCCACAUUAUCUCAGCUACACACUGGUGAAAGUGAAAGGUUUUAUGUCCUAUUUGUUACCAGAAAAACCCAACACCCGAUGAAAACACUUUUAAAUCCACUAGAUCCAGAUUUUUAUUUGGAUCUGCACCAAAUUGUACUCACUCAUCAAUAUCAGUCUCCUUUCAAUCAGAAUUCAAUGGGUUCCUUCUCAGCCCAUGUCCCAUCCUUCCACAAAGUUUGUCAUUUUUCAUUACCUAAUCCUGCUAAAGUAAACAAACAUAACCUCCAUGGCAGAGGCAAAAGUUCCAAAGUAACAUUAGAUAAAUCACAUGAGAACAGGUUUUUCUAAAACAUAUGUCAAAGACAUGUAAAUGUGCAUACAGGCUACUUCCUUGAUGAAUUGUUCCUGAUUAAUUUAUGAAAUUAUGCCAAAAGCCACAUAAUCAACUAGCACAACACAAACCUCCGCCAAGGCCCAACUGACCAAUUCAAUUCGAAAUUGUGUGUAUUUUUUCUUGUAUUUUUGUGUAAAUUUGUGUAUA